CGUUGUUUCCUGUUCUGUGUGGAACAGGCCACUCCUUUACUUUCCCAGAAUAAAUUAAGCUGAACUGUAGAGCAGUCACUUCUCCUCCAAGAUGGCUGAGUCUGCCAAAAAACCAAAGAUGAGCAAAGAAGAAAGGGCAAUGAAGCGCCUGUGUGGAGAUGGUUUCCCAAAAAACGCAUUCAACCUCUUUAACAAAGCCAUUAAAAUAGUCAGUGACAAAACCUUGGAAGCAGCCAGCUCCCUGUCAGAGGAAGACUUAGAAAAGGCAAAGCAGAUACUGGAUCAUAUGCUACACAGCAUCCUGUUCUUAGGUAACAUCCAAGCUACAUGCUACCUCCCAAAAUACAUCUUUUCUGAUGUGGAAAUGUUAAACAGAACUAUGAAUGAUUUCCCAGAUGCAUUCCAUCAUUACCAAACCUAUGUGGCUCGACGAACACCUUUCUCUUACUUUGUGGAACUGGUCACAGUGUGCUACAGACAAGAAAAUGUGAUGAUACCCACAGUGAUUCUAAUUCUGUCUGAAUUAUUAAGUAAUUGUAAAAAAUCAGGUGAUCUUUACCCCCUGAUUUCCACAGUCAUAUGCAUCUGUGAGACAGAUAACCUCAAUUACUACGGCGUGUCUCUGUCCUGUGAAAGUGACAGAGAGAGAGAGAUCAUGACUGCUGUGUCCUGUCUGCAUGUGUGGCAUCCCAAAGUCUCCUCUGCUGUGAUGUCUGUGUUUCCAGAAGGCACUGGAAAUCCACGUAGUAUAAAACUCCCAGAUAAAGUGAGUUGUAGAGCGUAUGCAGUGGAAGACAUGAGCCAGGUGAAGCCACCCUGCAGGCGCUGCCAUGAGCUUUACUCUCUUCCUGGUCCCUCAGAAAAUCUAAAUGACCCGGGUAACUGUGCUGAGACUGAGGCCAUCAGUAAUCUCCUCCAUUGCCAAAAGGGUGUGGAUGACAAGACCACCAUUGCUGUAGGUGUUUAUAAUGACCAGGAGAUUAGGGGAAAAAUGACAACUUGCUUUAAUGAAAACAUGAACAAGAUAAACAUGAAGAAAAGCAAAGGAAAUCAUAUUAAUUAUAAUAUCCUGACUGUCUAUAAUUAGUGUCUAUCUGAAUGAUCCUGAAGCUCUAAGAUUCUGUAGCUCUGAGUUUAAUCUGAAUCUGUAUGAUCCUGUAUGAUUGCUACUCUCAAUAGAUUCCUACAUUUUGCCAGUAAAGGCUCUCAGAUAAUGAAUAAGAAUGAACAAGCUGCAUUUAGUGCAUUUUGAAUUCUAUUAAAUAAAAACAAAACAUGAUAAAUAUUUAC